AUGGUGGCGAGCAGAGAUCUACUAGAUGCUUAUACAUUACCAGGGCUCCCUAUCACAGCUGCCGAUGAAGACGUACGACGCCAGUGGAAGAAAUUGGUUCUCCAUUGGCACCCAGACAAGAAUCCAGAUCGUGCGGCAACUGCCAUGACUCAAAGACUGUGCAGUUCACACGAGAGAAUCAUGGAGCGCCAUGAAAGAUGCGACACAAAUCACGAUCCCCGGCCUGAAGAUUUCCGUAACUUAUACUACGCCUUGCGUUCAUCACCCUGGACUGGAAUCGCACUUACCAUGAUUCCCUACCUCAUUGUGGAAUUCUUCCGCAGCAAUUAUUCAUCGGUGGCAGACACUACUGGCUAUUUAUUUCAGCACAGAGUUGUACUAUGGCCAAUACUACCGCGUCUUUGA